AAGGACGGUGUGUCCCAAAAACAUUUUUGUGGAAAUAUAAAAAACAGUUUAUUUGUGUAAAACUAAUUGAACAGAUCCUGUUUUUAACUCUUAUACAUGGCAGAGAUGUCGACCAGUGAGAAAGAGUUUUUCGGUCCGUUGACCUUGCACGAGAAAACCGAGACUCCGACAUUAUUUAGGAGUGAAGAGCCAGAGGAAUGUUUAUGUGUUUUGUGCGAUGAAAAAUUCAGUUUGCCCACUGCUGAGAAGCAGUUAUUAACUCAUUUGUUCAUGAAGCACCGCCUAGUUGUGUCUGAUGUUAACAAAAUAGCGGAUUUGGGCGCCUACAUGAAAUACUGGAGGUUGCGAUUUAAAGAUCAAAAUCUUCAAUAUUUUUGUACAACUAUGUUGCUAGACAGCAAGCCUGAUGGAACAAAAUCAAAGGACGAAGAGUAUUUCCUACUGAGCGACGUUUUGCCUGAAGACAAGGAGUUACGAGCCAAUUUAAAGCAAACAAAGCUGGAGAAGUUACUAGAAAGACACCAGUUUGAACGAGAAGACAAAAACUACGAAAGAGAAUGCCUAUUUUGCAGGUAUGUCUCAAAAACCACUAGAACUCACUAUUUGAACCACUUGUAUGAGAAACACAAUUUUCAUAUUGCUAAACCUGAAAAUCUAAUAUUCAUAGACGAUUUAGUAAACCUAGUUGCGUCUAAACUUGAAAGCUUGCAAUGCAUUUACUGCGAAGGACACUUCAAAGACCGAACAAUACUCAAGGAACACAUGCGUAAAAAAGGCCACAAACGAAUAAAUCCAGACAACAAGGAAUACGAUAAGUUCUUCUUAGUGAACUAUUUGGAUGACAAAACGAAACCCAAAAGCAUUUAUAAACAAUAUUACAAAUCUCAGCCUCAUCGUUCAGCUGAUUAUGAACAUGAUUCUAAUGUUGACAGUGAUCCAGAUUGGUCCGAUUGGACCGAAGAGAACGGACCUCAGAUCACUUGUUUGUUAUGCAAGCACACUGAAAUGGAAUACGAAAAUAUUUUAGACCACAUGGAAAGGCAACAUGAGUUUUCGUUCACAAACGUCACAGCGGGACAAAAUUUUUAUCACAAAGUCAAGAUAGUAAACUACAUCCGUCGUCAAAUACACUUGAAACAGUGUUUGUCGUGUGACACAAAGUUUGACGAUUUGAAAAAUUUAGAGAAGCAUAUCAAGGAAACUAGUCAUCAUGUUUUGAGUAAGGAAAAAUGGGACCAGCCUGAAUAUUACUUUCCUACGUAUGAGGAUGAUUUGUUCUUAUGUUUCAUCCAAGACGAUGAUGAGAGUUGGUGGUCAAGCGACGAACAGGAAGUUGAACGGAGCAACAGUUUGUCCGAUAAUAUAUCUAAGGAAAUGGCUUUAGCUGUAUUGGAUGAUUAAAUAUUAGUAAAUAAAAUGGCUGCAUUAUACUCUUUAUAAAUAAGGUUGUGGCAAAGCAAUAGUAAACUUCCCAUGAUUUUGAAAAUGUAUAAUAUUUUUAUUUCGAACUGUAAUAUGAAAUUUCAAGUACUUAUUGGAAAACAUCACUCAUUUUUAUGCUUAUGUUCUUUUAUUUUGUCUGCAGUUGCAGUUUGCCAUCAAUAUAUUAUAUAUAACAUUAUGUCUAACUUCAUGUUUAUGAAAUCCAAUGGGUGUUACUUAAUAUUAGUUAUAGUUUGUCUAGCUAAAAAUACAUUUAAAUAUUUUUUUUUACAAUGUUUUUAUGAUUUGUCAAUAAAAUUGUAAAAAUUGGAACUGAUGAAAUUUUGAAUAAAAUGUGCAAUAAAUAAUAUAAUCAUGAGACCUAUUUAAAUGUAACAGUAGUAAAAUUAUAUCUAUACUCAC